GUCUUCUUCAAUUCUCGUUCUUAAUUUUGAGACUCCCUAUUGGUUAAUCGUUUUAUCUCGCGAUACUAGUAUGACCAAUUGCAGCACAGCAGCGGCAAAUCAAAUGGAGUAUGUUUUCGCGGAGGAAGGCAGGGUCUGAGAGUUUUGCCUGAGACGGUUUGGAAAGUCACAGAGCAUCUUUGGUUGUGCUUUCUCCUUAUAUACUUAUACAACAAAAGACAGCAGGAAAUCUCCAUUGAUUUAACGUGGUCGAGGCGUCACAAUGGAAAACAUCGUAGUUUCAAAAAGAAACUACACUUAUAAGAAGGUAAACAAGGAAAAUGCUCAGCCUGCAUAUGGAAGCAAGUCUUUAACCAGAAGAGAUAAACCGCCUGUUCUUCCCUUCCAACUGACGAGCAACAAAAAAGAGGAAACCGUGAUAAAAACUGGUUCUCUUAAAGCUAAGGUUGACACUAGGUCUGGUGAGGCUCUGAAAAAGGUAAAGACUGUGCAGAAAGGAGCUGCUGCUACUGAUGUCAAGCCAAGGCAAACGCAUAGUCGGGCCUUCCUCACUGAACAGGUUGUGAAACACAAAAAAGUAGUUUCAGAAGCUCCAAAGCCACCAGCUGAUGUGCCAUCAUCAAAAUCUGCUCCUGGCAUGUACAAAGGCAAGAUCAUCCAGUCAAGAAUUGGAUCCAUUUGGAAGUCAACUGCCACUGUGGGCAGGCCAGAUCCUAAACCAUCAGCAGCCAAAACAGAGGGCCAAACGGUUGGAAAUGUGAUGAAAAGCAGGUCCAAAUCUACUGCUGACCUGCCUGAGUCUGGCACACAAAAGCCUGUGCCUACAAGGGCCAAGUCAGUGUUGGAUAGACCUGCUCAGGUUUCCAAGCCUGCUGUCACCAGCCGCCCCACUGCUGGAUUCCGCUCUGCUCGCCCUCCUUCAAGGACCAUCCCAGCAACACUAGCCGGCACCAGCUCCAGAAAUGCUAAAGUGGCUCCCCCCAAGGGGAGAGGGACUCUGAACUCAAAGCCAAAGAUUCCAGUGACUGCCAAGAAGGUCAACAAACCUCCUGUCUCAAGUGCCCACAGUCAGUACAGAUUUACCAUGGAGACCGCUGAGGAAAGAAGAGCAAAACUUGCCGAGUGGCUCGCCUCCAAGGGCAAGACUACCAAGAGACCAGCCACGACAACAGCAGAACCGUCUAAAACCGAAGUCUCUGCAAAACCUAAAACUAAUCUCAAACCACCGUCUCAGCCUCACGAUGAACCCAGACUGGAAGCCCACAAGCCAGACUCUGCUGCUCACUGUGCAGACACUCAGGGAGCAGUGUUAACACACAGACAAACUCCAGUGAUCAUGAACACCACCCUGGACCUGCUCGAAGAGUCACAGGGCAGCAUAGAUGAUAUUGUUGUGAACCUGUGUGAUGCUUUGGAGGCCCUGGCGACACCCUCUACAUCGGAUGAGCCUUCACAGGUGACCGAUGUGUGCGAUGAUGAAAUGGAGGACAGCAAACUGACGUAUGAAUGUAAAGAGGAGCUGAAGAAGCAAAUGCUUGAGGAUGUUGGCAAGCAGCUAAAGGUUGAGCAAGUGAAGGAUGGAGUAGAAGAAAGUGAUGACCUGAUAGUGGAGACGGAUGAAGAAGUAGAAAGUGAUGAGGUUGUGAAGACCAUGCCACAGAUGGAGGAUGCGUCAAUAAUAAAGUACAGUGUAAAGACCACUCCAUACCUGCAAAGUGUCAAGAGGACAAUUCUAGAGGCCAGCACAAGUAGAUCCGGGAGAAAGAGCCACAUCAAAGAUCUGAAGUAUCUGACUCCAGUGCGUCGUUCCUGCCGCAUUGAGCGAAAAUCCUCCCGCCUGCCAGCGAUGCUGGUCGAUCCUGAUCCCUGUGUGUCGUCUCUGACUGAGCUGCUGAAGCUGGACGAGGAUCCCAAUGCCUACAUCUACAGAAAAAAUCAUGCACUUCUGGAAGAUCUGCCAGACCAGCCGAGACUGUGAGGAGCUCUGGAAAUGUAUGGGACUCAAACUAAUGGACACUUUAUACUGAUACUUUAAUCACUAAAAUAUUUGCUGUUUUAUCAAAAACACUAUUCCUGUGUAUUCUAAAUGCAUUUACUAUCCUUUAACACUAUUGUUAAUUUGAAUAAAGUUGAUGUUUAUUGCCAAAUGCAGUGCAAUAAAAGAAUGUUAUUUUAAA